CUAUAAAUAGAAUAUGAACCCUAGAUAGCGAAUGAUGGUCACCAAUCACCAUCGACGAAACCGCUGGUGCUACCGAUUGUCUCUAAUUUUUUGUUAUCAGUUGAAUAUCCAAUUUAUUAGGGAUGAGACCAAGUCUUGGCUACGUGCUUGGUCUACUUUCCCCAACCUGUGGUUCGAUGUUGGAAGAGGAAAGACCAUGAAGUUGGUGGACGUGGAGCGAGCUCUGAUAAGGUAUCACCGUGAUAACACACCAAUCAAAAGGUUUGACCUUAAGAUCGACAUUGAGAACCAGGAGUCAGCUUCUCAAGCUGAAAAAUGGAUCAAGGAUGUGGCCACCAAAACUUGUCUCAAAGAGAUUUCCCUCUCGCUCUUAUUUUGGGGUGCCUCGUUUAGGUUGCCAGAUGAGAUAUUGGCAAGUGAGAAUCUAACCAAGUUAAGAGUUUCAGCACCGAGGAUCAAUUCAAAUUCUGUUUGGAUGACAGCCACAAAUCCUGUGAUCAAAUGCGUGUCAUCCCUACGUGAAUUGCACUUGGAAGGUGUGAGCAUAAGUGAAGAGGCACUUCAUCACAUAUUGUCGUCUUGUUGCUUGCUUGUGAAGAUAGAGCUUUUACAUUCCCGUGAGGGGUUCAAGACCAUCAAGGUUAAAAACCUUCCUCGUCUUUACGAAUUAAACAUAUCUUUCGCUAGUCUAUAUAAAAAUUCUACCGCUUUGGAAAUCAGUGAUGUCCCAAAACUUGGUGUGUUUAGCUACUAUCGACAGGGUGUUUUUCUUCAAUCACAUAUUCCUCUUGUAAUUGACCCAUUCAAUAUCAGUGCGCAAGGUGAGACGAUUAAUGUUAGGUAA